CCAAGGACAAACCGCUACGCAACGCACCCAAAAAAAACAAACAUCGCUGCUCCUUUCUCCUCUCGCUUUCUGCAUCACGGCUUGACCACACGAAUCAUCUCCUGAAACCCACCGUCGCUCGAUUUCUCCGCGAAUCCGUUGACCCGAUUUCCCCUCCGUGUUCCUGGUUUCCCUCGCCGUCGAUUUCCCUCUCCUCGCCGUCUCCGGUCGAAGCCGAAUCGCGCGGUGGGGUUGGUUGACCUCGCCGUCGGGUUUCGAGCUCGGCGAGGAUGGGGAGCCACGGCGCCGGGCCGGCCGCUGGAUCCGACGCCGCGCGCGCCGAGGUUAGCGGCAUGGCCCAGACAAACCAACCUGCUUAUCCGCCUUUAGCUUCUGGGGAUCAUCCGUGGUCCUCUUCAACUGGGGCAGCAGCAGUUUCGUGGAACUAUCCAGUGGACAGUCAAAAACAAGAUACAGUUUACUAUGAUCCACAGAGGGAUGUGUCGGUUUCAGGAGAUAAUCAAACUGUGGCAAGCAGUGCACCCCCUACUGUUCAGUCGACUAUGAGCUUGCCAAAUGCAAGUCAUUCUCAAGUGCCUUACUCAAAUUCACUUCAAUAUGGCUACAAUCCUGCAGAAUAUGGGAACUAUUACUAUAACUACCCACAAGCUACAAAUAACUAUUCCGCUCAGCAAGGAGGAACAAAUCAACAUUCAGGUGCAGCUUAUCAGCCUCUUACUUCAUUUCAGAAUUCUGGGUCUUACGUUGAUCCUACAAGUAACACAUAUUACAAUGCUGGUGGUCACCAGACUGCGCCAGGAUAUGCAACCAACAACUACUAUUACCAGAAUGACACACACAACGAUGGAAGCUCAGGAAAUAAUUAUGCUCAGUCAUACCAGAACUACUCAUUCUCUGGUACUAAUGCAGUCCAAAAUUCCAGUACAGUGCCUGCCAAUUCUUUCUCAUAUCAGCCGCAGUACAACCAGUGGCCAUACUAUCACAAUCACUCUGCACCAAGUCCUGCUGUCAAUCCAGUUGCUGGGAGCAGUAACAUAGAUAACAGAGUUGUUAACACCACUUCUGGUUAUUCUUAUCCUAGUGCCGAGCCACCUCCACCGGGUACUACAUCAUGGAAAAGUAAUUCGGGUGCUUCUGUUGCACCUCCUCUACAGGCUCCAAGCGUUCAAGAACCUCAAAAUCAAUAUGUCCAACAUGCACAAGAAACUCCAGCGUUGCAAAACCAGUAUCCUUAUCAAGCACCAGGUGUUCCAGUGUCUCAUAACUAUUACACAAAUCAGGCACCAGCAUACCAGCAGACAGCUUACCCACAGAACAAUAUGAAUGCGAAUCAAGUACCUGUGAACAACCAUGGUGAUCAACAGAAGAGUGGUUCUUUGACAACAGAUUCUUCCAGUGAAAACAAAAUACAGAUUCCAGCGAUUCCUCGAAUUGCUCCAGGUUUCUCUAUGGUAAUACCAAAGAGUGAGAAGAAAAUUCAAGUUGCUGAUUUGGUAAAGAAACCUGCCUAUGUUAGUGUUUCUAUGCCAAAGAAUGAUGCCAAAGCAGUUCAACAUGGUCCAGAUGCUAGAUCCGUCCCCUUUUCGCUCCGUAAUUAUGGUAUGAGGAAUCUCAGCCGUUGCAAGAAUGAUGCCCAGAGAGCUGCCUGCCAAAGUAUAAUGCAACAGAUCACAAGCAAAGCUCUUAGCGAUGGAACCCUUCUCACGAAGAACUGGGACACUGAACCGCUGUUUCCUUUGCCAGAGAAUCUUUUAACCAUGACCGAAACAAGCAGUGCAAACAAUUCAAGUCCCUUGUCAAAAUCUACCCCAAAAAAACGCCUGAAAAGUAGGUGGGAGCCUGUUCCGGAGGAAAAGGUUACUGAGAAGGUGGAGCCACUAGCAAAAACAUUGAUGAAUGGUAACGCCAACCAUAAUUUGGAAGCCAAAAAUACAACGGGAAACAAUUGGAAUUUCGGGAAGUUUGACCACUGUGCACAUACACCUUUAAACAAGAUCACCCAGAGGCCUUUCAAGAAGCAAAAGAUGGGUAGUUAUUCAAGUGUGAUACGGAAUGGAAACACUUCAAGCGAUAGUGAUAAGGAGCAGGAUCUGACCAAGUAUUACGCCAGUGCAUCUGCACUAGCAAAUUCACCAGAGGAAAAGAAACGCAGGGAGCAUAGAUCUAAGCGUUUUGAGAAGAGUAAGGAUUCAUCAUCAAAAUCAAGGAAUUCUGCAGUGAAUAAAGAUGUACAUACAAGAAGACCUAUUUCAGCACUUGCCACUAGAAGUUCUGAAAAUGGCAGCAGCUUGGCUGUCGAGGAUCUGGAUUGGGAUGCACUGACAGUCAAGGGGACAUGUCAGGAAAUUGAGAAACGAUACCUUCGCCUCACAUCAGCACCUGAUCCUUCCACGGUAAGACCAGAACAUGUCUUGGAGAAGGCACUUUCCAUGGUUGAAACAUCUCAAAAGAAUUAUCUUUUCAAGUGUGACCAACUGAAAUCUAUUCGUCAAGAUCUUACGGUUCAGAGAAUCCAGAAUGAACUGACUGUGAAGGUUUAUGAAACUCAUGCGCGUUUAGCAUUGCAAGCUGGUGAUCUACCUGAAUUUAACCAGUGCCAGUCACAACUGAAGAGGCUGUACAGAGAGGGAAACAAGGGUUGCGAUUUUGAAUUCUCUGCAUAUAAUUUGCUCUGUGUCAUGCUGCACUCCAAUAACAAACGGGAUCUGCUGUCAUCAAUGGCAAGCUUAUCGAAAGAAGCCAAACAAGAUGGAGCUGUCAAGCAUGCCCUUGCAGUACAGUCUGCUGUUUCAUCUGGCAAUUAUGUCAUAUUUUUCAAAUUAUACAAGCAAGGCCCCAACUUGAACUCUUGCCUCAUGGAUCUAUAUGUGGAGAGGAUGCGUUUCGAGGCUAUAAAAUGCAUCUCUAAAUCUUAUCGCCCGACAGUACCUGUGGUGUAUAUUGCACGAAUUUUGGGGUUCUUACUUAAUGGGGAUGACAGAUUGGAAGAAUGUGAAAUAUGGUUAAAAGCGCAUGGUGCUAUUCUUUCAUUAGAUAACAGUGGGGAAUUGCAGAUAGAUACAAAGACUUCUGCUACUACACUUUACAUGCCAGAACCAGAGAAUGCGGUCGCACAUGGUGAUGCAUCACUUGCAGUUAACGACUUCUUUGCACGGACAUCUGAAAAGGUAUAAUGGCGGUGUAUACUCAUCGGUGUGUCGGUGCUUAUGGACGUGUUGCACAUCUUCUGUUAUGUGCAAUGGGAUCAGCUCAAGAGGCUCAAGAAUGCUUCUGGGGUAGGAGGUUGGAACAAGGAUAGAAUGCCCCACUGCAUAUGGCCUGUGCACUUAUGGCUGCAGUUGCACACUUGCACUCCAGUGAACUGCCGCGCUCCAGAAUUGGAGCAUUACCCAACACAAGAUCUACUUCUAUCCGUGGAAAGACAGAUCUCCACAGGGCUUCUCUUGUGAGGAAAAUGUUGCAGAAAGCUCAUAUUACUUCUAAGUUUCUUGUGACUAACUGGUACCCCCUCCGUCCUAUGAAACAAUGUCUUAACUUUAUCUAAAUUUGGAUGCAUCUAGACACUAAAUAGUGUUUACAUAAAUCCAAAUUUAGACAAAAUCAAGACCAUGUUUCAGGGGACGGAGGGAGUACAUGUGUUUGUAUCACAAAAUUUAUACACUACUAGUAGGUAUUAGUGGGGAGGGGGAUAGAGACAUAGAAGUUCAGAAAUUUAUUUGUAAUACAGAAUGCUGUAAAUUAAUGAAAAUUUUCCUCUAGAACUGAUUAAACUGCUGAAGAAGUUUCUUAGUA